CUUGCAUCUGAAAAACAUCAGUCACUGAAUCAACUGACGUUACAACUAACUAGACCUGCUAAGCAAUAGGGUUACUUUCUGCAGUUAGCAUUCGUCUAUUUCAGAAAAUCAAGGGACACAACCAAGAAGCUAAGGCAUUAUCAGACUACACGUUAACAAACAAGAACACCCAGGGUGGAAGAAAAUAUUAGCUGCUAACGUUUCUGGAAUCUAAACAGGCUUUUUCAGGUAAAACAAUAUGGGUUCCAGUGAGAGCAAAGUGGCAACUACCGUAUCAACUCCCAAACCAGACCCUAUCCAACGCAUUAAAAAUCAACGUGUGGCAGAGCUUGUCGACCCUCGCUCCCCGUCUGGUGGCAUUGACCGAACGCCAAUUCAGAUGGCUAGUGCCGUUUCUAAAACUGGAUUAGAGGAACCUUCCGGAUCUUCAUUAACUUAUGACCCUCGCUCACCAACACAUGGCAUCUCACGCACACCAAUGAAAGACAGCAUGACUGUUACAGUGAGUUCCUUUGCCAGACGCCUGGGUAUGCUCUUUUUGAACGAGUCUAGUAUAGAUGAAGCCGCUGCUCCCCUUCCUCACGUCACCUUUACCAAACACCCCGACCUCCCUGUAGAGGAGCUAGGUUCCACAGAGCCCCUCCUCACCCGCUACGCUACUCUGGACUCCAGCUGCUGCGACAGUGCCACCACAUCUGAUGCCCACACUCCGUCGCAGGGCUACGGCUCUCUGGUUAGCAGCCCGUUUGUGCUAAUUGGUGAGGUGGUGGAGGUGCAGGCUGACCUCUCCUUAGAGGAGGCAGAGGAUGCCUUGAUGGCUGAUUCCUCCUCUCCCCUGAAGAAAGAGCUUAGCCUGAGCUUGCUGACAUGCCACGAUGGCAUGAACUCCUCCCAGAUCUGUGUGGAAGAGGACCGCUCCCUCACCCCACCACACACUGAGCGUAGCGAACAGGGGAAGGAGGACCACGCGUACGCCCUUCCAGUAGUCUCUGUUGAGCCUGUGCCGUUCAUCUCCCUGCCCCCAGUGGCGGAGCCAGAGGUGUGUGGAGCUCCCAUGAUCGACUCCCCUAAGGUGGAGGUCACUGAGGAGUCUACCCCAGAGCCAGAGGUGUGUGAAGCUCCCGUGGUCGACUCCCCUAAGGUGGAGGUCACUGAGGAGUCUACCCCAGAGCCAGAGGUGUGUGAAGCUCCCGUGGUCGACUCCCCUAAGGUGGAGGUCACUGAGGAGCCAGAGCCCGUUCCACAGCGGCCCAGCACACCCAAAGCUACUAGUGCACCUGCAGUCCCUGCUGCCAUGGCCAUGCUCCAACCACAGGCCCCGGCUGCCCCAGCCCAGGCGGGCAUUAGGUGCCCCACUUUUGACACAAAGAGCCCCAGUCAGGUGGUGUUCAAGCCCCAAUGGUUGGGCGUUGGCUUUGGUGCCACAGGGGUGAAGCCCAGAGGCCUGCAGGGCCGUGGGAAAAGCAGCUCAUCACCACUGGCCUCCCGAAAGCCAGCUGACAACGAGAACCAGGGCUUGAAUGUUAAGCCAAAGCAGAGAGGUAAGGUCCUUGUCAGCGAAGGGCGCUCUCCUCUGCAGAUUCGCAGAGAGACCAACUCACCUCGGGAGAAUUCCUCUCAGAUGAAGUUGAAGAUCUCCACCCCAGACAGACAGAAACUGGGGCAGCUGGACAGAAGAGCUCUAGUUCAGUCUAUGAACAAAGAGAACCAGAGAUAGGAUGGACUCUACAGAUAUUGUCAACACAUUGUAAAUACGUCACGUUUUUAAUGUACAGACAAAAUUCCUGUUCGUUUUUUUCCUUUCUUUCUCCUUUUAAGCCUGUCCCUUUGACUAAAACAACUUUUAAAUUGUUUCUAAACUAAUGUAAAUAAAAAUGGAAAAUAUUAAUUUAACAA